AUGGAGAAGGAUGACCCCCCAGUGUUGGUGACUCCUGACUCAGUGAAAUCCAUCAUCUCGAGGAUUGAGACUGCCCAGAUUACUCGGGCUCAAGAGGAUAUUUCUACGCAGCUUUCGGACAUCUUGGGCAAUGUCAAUUGUGUCAUGAGCCGCUUCCAGGAAGAAUUAGGAUAUGACUUGAAAGAAAAGGAAAAAUCUCACCAAACAGAGCAAAAGAGCACAAAGAGAUUCAUCCUGCUGGAGAAAAUUGCCUCCUUCUCCAAAGAAGCUGAGACAAAAGAGAAGCACUUACAUGAAAUUCUCCACUGGCUGGGUGACUGGGGUGACAGUCUAACCUAUGAGAUCAGGAAGAGUGGAGAGGAAGAAGCAGACCUGGAUGAAUGGAUUGAGGUAAUGGAGAAAGUGUUACCUCUCUCCCUCACUGCCAACAAAGGAGGUAUCCAGUCACUCAUUUCCCUUUGCUCCACUCUCAUUGAAGAACAAAAGAAAAAGGCACAAAUGUCCAAAUUCACCUUCUGGCAGGGCUGGCAGGAAAAAAGUCCACAAAAUUCUCAGCCACCAAGCCCAGAGCAGAUGCUCCAGGACAAUCAUGCCACCUGCACGAAGGUCUCUGAGUUGAAGUCCAUGUUUCAGGAGCUCCUAGACUCUACUAUGUUCAACAAGGGGGAGGCCAGAGCCAUCAGGUACAUGUCGGCCAUGGUGGAGAACCUCAACAAGGCUUUGACCCUUCAGCAGAAAGAGAACAGGAGCCUGGAGAUCAAAUACAAGAACCUGCAAAUAGAGAUGACCAAAGAGCUAAAUAGCCAGAGGCUGUACUUCCAGAAGUCCAUUCAAAUCCUUAAAAGUAAUAGGGAUGCUCUCCUGAAGCAGUUAGAAAUUCUAGGGGGAAAGUGCCAUGGCCUUCUCCUGAUAAAACAAGCCUUAGAGUUCCAGCUGAAGAUGGUUCAGACUGAUGGGGAUGAAGCAGAAGACCUGGUCAAGGUUCUGGUUGACUCCCCAAGCCCUUCUGACAGAGAGACUCUCCCAAAGGAAACAGUUAUGGAGGAAACCCAACAGGAGCCCAAGGUGUUGUUUUCACCACUGUCCCCAAGUCCCCUGGCCACAGCCCAGGACAGUGGUGCUCCACCUUCAGCACCUCAGCUGCUUUCCACCAUGACCGUGCAUUCGAGGAUCGCAGACUUCUUCAGCAGCAAGGACACUGAUGGCCCUGAGCCUGUGUCAGCACCCUCAGUGGAUCACAAGUUUCCUAAAGAAUGUGAAAAACUGGUGGCAGAAAGUGCAGGCCACGAGGACAAAGACCAGGAGAACUACUUCCAGGAGAAAGAAGGACCCUCUUUCCAUUUUAGGAAGCAGCUAUCUCUAAAGGACUCCUGGAAGGUGCCCUCACAGAGUGAGGCACAGCCCUGGGAGAAGGCACUCCACCAGGAGAAGUGGGGGCAGCAGUGGCUGGAGGAUGAGGAGACGUGGCUGCAAUGUCAGAAAUGGGCCCUCCUGGAGGAAGGGCAGCAGGAGAAGCUGCAGCAGUGGGAGAUGCUGCGGCAGAGGGAGAUGGAGGAUGCUGUGAGGCAACAGCAGCACAGCUUCCUCCAGCCAGAAAAGGAGCAAGAGAGCCCAAGGAGAGAGCUGGAGCAGCCAAAAGAGGGCAUGGAGAGGACGUUCUUCACACCCACCAGUCGAUGGUGGGACUUGGCAAAGCCAGAGCCCCACCAAAUCCGGACCCAUUCUGCUUACCAAAGCAGGAGGCCACGCUUGCCCAGGUCCCGUAACACCCAGCCCUCCACCCUGGGAAGUCGGAGACCCACAAGUUCAAUUGAGUUUACUUAUAAACAAAAAGCCCAUGUUCCCACAAAGCCCAAGAAAUCUGCCUCCUUUCCUGCCAUGGGGACAGCCAAGCAAAGGGUGAACUGGCCCUCUUUGCAGACAUCACGGGUAACUGUUAAGAAGAAAGUAAGCCACAUGGACAUGGAGGCCCAGAGAAAGAGUCUGCAGCUCCUGCGUAAGGAGGCUGAGUUGGGGCUGCCCCACUACCAAUGCAGCAAGGCAUUGGAGAUCCCCGCCACCCCCAUGGAGCUGAACAGACUCCGGCUGCGCAAACUGUGCCAUAAAUACAUCCUCUGCAGAUACUUCCAGAAUCUCCGACAAGGAGUCAUCAACCACAUAGAAAUUUUGCAAGAAACAGGGGCCCCCUACAAGGCCCAGAACCUCUAUGUCUUCCUGGACAACAUUGAUGACCUGCAGAACCGCAGGUUGCAGACCUGGAUGGACAAGCAGAAGAGCCUGGAGAAGAAGCGCCCAGAGUGCCUGAACAGCAGGGUGACCAUGUUCCCCAAGCUCCAGCUGGAGGAGAAUAUUCCCCUGAACAUCCCUGUGGUCACCUCUCCAAAGCCAAGGAAGUGCAAGUUGCCCCCAGCUUUACUCCAGCACAUUCCCCACAGUGGCGCCACCAUCAAGCAGCCCUUUCCAUCCAAGCACCAGGAAUGUGUGCCCCAGCAGAUGGGUUGCCAACAGCAGAAACAGAUGGAGGCCAUCUGGAAGAUGGAUGUGGUCUCCUCCAGUCACCCAAUAGAAAAAAAGACCCCUGCCAACAUACCCUGGGACCAGCUAGGGGGACACCCAAAUGUUCCUCAGCUAUUGGCACUGGAUACGCAUUCCUACCACAAAAAUGUGAUGUACCUCAAUGCCUGUGCUUCAGUGAACCAAAGGAAGGAAUGACAGGCCCAGGAUGAGUCAGCUGAGCUUGUCCAUAAAAAGUCAAGCAAAUCACUCCCUGGAACUCUAAAAUGCCAGAAUCAAGACAGCCCCAUUCCCUGCUCCAUCCCUUAG